AUGGAGAAGGCUUCUAUAUCAAUCAUCAAUAGCCAAAGCGAUCAGAUUGAGAAGGAGUCUCUAAAUUCAAAAUCAGAGAGCGAAAUUAAUUAUGUGACAGAGCCCGCUACAAGUGUUCCCAAGCAUGAUCAUAGAACCAAAGUCCAACUUAUAUGGGAAAAUAUUACUUAUGUCAUCGAAAAAAGAAAUGAAUCCACUCAGAUCCUCAAAGGAGUUUCUGGACAGGCCAACCCAGGAGAGCUUUUAGUCAUCAUGGGCAAUUCAGGAGCAGGCAAAACAACUCUCUUAAAUAUCUUAGCUGGGCGACUGAAAAGUCUUGGAGAAAUUAAAAUUAAUGGAACUGUAGCCAUAAAUGGCACCAACAUAAAAGACAUCAACUUUGGCUACUAUUCAGCCUAUGUGACACAAGAAGACAUUCUUUUACCAACAUUGACUACAAGAGAGUCUUUGCUCUUCUCGUCCAAACUGAGAUUGCCUGGAACUCAUGAAGAGCAUGUGCAAAGGGUUGAAAAAAUUAUCGAGGAUUUAAAAUUGACUAGGGUUGCUGAUAAUGUGAUAGGAAGUGUUACCAGUAAAGGCUUAUCAGGAGGUGAAAGAAAAAGAGUGUGCAUAGGUAUCGAACUUAUCACUGAGCCUCUUAUUUUGAUUCUUGAUGAGCCCACUUCAGGAUUAGAUAGCUUUACAGCUGAGAUUGUAGUCGAUUUAUUGUUGGAGCAAGCAAGAAAAGGUAGAACGGUAAUCACAACAAUUCAUCAGCCAAGUUCUGGAGUUUUCAGCAAGUUUGAUAGGCUUGUCUUGAUGUGUGAAGGAAACAUUAUUUACCAAGGCAGAGCUAAUGAAUCUAGAAAAUAUUUUGGUAAGCUUGGGUUCAAGUGUCCAAAGCUGAUGAAUCCAGCUGAUUAUUUUAUGAGACUCCUUCAUGUAGUUGACAGGAAAAAUAUUUCUGAAGACGAAAAAGAAAAGCUAAAAAUUCUUGUUUCAGCAUACUCUACAACAGAUCCUGAAAGCGAGAUUAUCGAUCCAAGUGAGCUUGAGCAUUUAGCAAACAAAAUUUUUAAGAGGCCUUCAACUCAAAUGGAGCAAUUUAAGAUAUUAUUCAAAAGAUCAAAUAUAAACUCGAGAAGAAAUCCGAUUUUUGGAAGAGUAAAAUACAUGCAAGCUAUUGUGAUGGCAGUUUUGCUAGACUUGACAUAUAAUAAUAUUGGCACAGGCUAUAGCUCUAUACAAGAUAGAAAUGGUGUCUUAUUUGUGCUUACAAUGAUGGGAGGAGCCUUCGGAAGCCAAAAUUCUUCCUUGUCUUUUCCAAGCGAAUUGCCUCUUUUCUUUAAAGAAACCAAGCAAGGACUAUAUAGCACAAUCUCUUAUUAUGUCGCGAAAUCAAUUGCUGAACUUCCUAAUUUAGUUAUGUCAAUAUUUUUGCAGGCCCUGAUUAUUUAUUGGGCAGUUGGAUUGAAUAACUAUGAUGCCAGCAAAUUUUUUAUAUUUUAUGCCGCUUUAUUAGUACUAAAUGUAUGCGGAACAGGAAUUGGAUAUAUCGUAGGCGCUCUGUUUCAUACAGAGACAUCUGCAAUGAUUGCUGAGCCUAUUUUUGUAAUUCCCUUUCUUCUUUUCGCAGGACAAUUUGCAAAUGUGGACAGAAUUCCUAUAGCUUUUAGAUGGGUACAAUAUAUUUCUCCUUUCAAAUAUGGAUUUGAGGCUUUAUGCAUCAAUGAAUAUACGGACUUGAAUUUGCCAUGCCAAAAUUGUGAUUCAGAUGACUGCACUAAAUGUGACCCUCUGGAUGACCUUGCAUUUUAUGAUUCUUUAGGAGAAAGUUUCUUAUAUAAUAUUAUUAUCAUAAUCGUUUUUAGAAUUAUAGCUUAUUUGCUAUUGUGGAUCACAGCAGUAAGAGUCAAAAGAUAA